AUGGCUCCGGGGAAGCGAGGCAAGGCCAAAGGGGCGGCGCCGCCGCCGGCGACGCCCGCCGCAACCGCGACUGCCGGAGCUGGAGGGUUCCCGGGCUGCCUCCGCCUGAUGCCGCCGUCGACCGUGGCCAUAUCCAUCCACGCCAAGCCCGGCUCCAAGGUCGCUACCAUCACAGAGAUCGGGGACGAGGCGGUGGGCGUGCAGAUCGACGCGCCGGCGAGGGAUGGCGAGGCCAACGCCGCGCUUGUCGACUUUAUCAGCUCGGUACUUGGGGUGAAGAAAAGAGAAGUGUCUAUAGGCUCUGGUUCUAAAUCGAGGGAAAAGGUUGUACUAGUACAAGAUGCGACUCUUGAAGGUGUCUACGAUGCUUUGAAGAAGUCUUGUAAUUGUGCAUGA